AACGCGAGGCAUCUUCGGUUAACGUCGCCAUUUGGAAUUUUUAAAUUCGUUUUUCUUUCGUUUUCAAAGGAUUUUGAAUGAAUUUAAUUUAUCAUUUCAUAAUCGUUAUGAAGUUUUUUGUGAAUUAAUAUCAAUUUUAUGUUGUUUGUUUUAUUGAAUUUUAGUGCGUUGUUUGUCUUAUAAAUGUUAUAUAAGUGAUUGCCACUCAGCGGACAGCCGUUACGCGUAAGAUGAUUUCAGUUGACUCGAUUCUAUCAAAUGAACGUGAUUUUGGUAAAUUGGACGAUCUUUGUCGAUUAUGUGGACUCUUGAAAGACAGUACUGAACUUAUUUUUGACGAUGCUCAUGAGGAAAACUACGACGUUAUAAACAUUUAUUUUAGGGAUGAAUUUCAAAUUUGCCGAAAUGACGUGCUGCCUCGUAAAGUAUGUCGCAACUGUUUAACGUCUGUGGAAUCGUGGAAUCAAUUUUACAUCAAUUGUGUCUGCGUUAACGAAAAAUUCAGUCAGAUAGUAGAGAAAUAUAAUUUAACCAAGGAAGAAGAUAAAAAACCGAACGAUAUGAAUAACGAUAUCGAAGUAAUCGAAGUUAGUGUGGAAGGCGAAACGUAUGAUUUUUUCACCGAUCAGGUUGACACCAAUCAGUUAUCAAACGUCAAGUUUACAUCGUUUUCUGACACCGGAAAUUACCAAAAUUUCGAUAAUGUGAUAGAAGAUAUGAAUUUUUCCACGUAUGAAACUACAACCACUGUUAUUUCGACUGAGAAGAACAUAAAUAACCAAUUAUCUUCUAAUCUGACUGAGUGCAAUGCAAAUGUAUCGAAAAACGAAAUCACAGAAGAAAGUCGAAAGAUGAACGAACCGCACUUAGUCUCUGUUCCAACGUGUGAACAAGCUGCGCGAGAUGAUUUAUCGUUACCGGCUAUCGCUGUCUCCAAGAAUUCUCUGUCUGAUCCGCGAGUACCUGCAGAAUUUGAGAAAUUCUUACGUAAGCAUUCGAAUAACAUCAAAUACAUGCAAUGCGACAAGUGCGAUUUCAUUUGCCGACCAUUGAUGACGUUGUUCUUAAAACAUUACCAGAAACACGUAGAUUCUAUUGAAGAUUCCAUUUUCUCUGGUUACAUGGAAGAAUUGAACAACGAAGUAGCUAAUGAGCCGAGUACCUCUGAACCCGAUACGUCAUCGACAGUCGGCGGUAAAAGAUUCCAAUGUGGUAAAUGCACGAAAUCUUUCAACAAACGUAAAAGUUUUGGUAGACAUUUGAAAAUACACGAAAAACGCGUCUACCAUUGCAACGAAUGCGAAAGCAAAUUCAAAACUAAAUUAGCGUUCAAGGCGCACAAAGAAAGGCACCGACGUCCUAAAGAACUUCUGCAUUGCGAUCAGUGUGACAAGUACUUUCGAUCCAAAGAUGGUUACAAGUACCAUCGUGAAAAUCGAUGUAUCCUGAUUAAAUGUCGUUCGUGCGAACAGCAAUUUAACCAAACCGAUGAUCUGAAGAAGCACAUGAAGCAAAAUCACGAUAUCACCAUGUCCGAUACCGAACAAGAACGUCAAUUGGAGGCACUAACCAGUAUGUGUUUCAUAUGCGGUAAAAUUGUCAAGGAUAGUAAUCUCGAGCGUCACAUGAUUAUCCACAUGGAAGAGAAACCAUUCGCAUGCGAUUUAUGUGGUAAAAGUUUCAAAUCCAAGAGUGCCAUCAGAGAUCACAUGAUGAUCAAGCUUGGAAUGAAAGACUACGUUUGUGAAAUCUGUGGCAGGAAGUUUGUCAAAAAGUGUUACCUCAAUAAACAUAUCCGAUUCCAUGCGGCCACUACAGGUGAUCAGAAGAAUUUUCAAUGUGACGUAUGCUCUAAACGAUUUACCGAUAAAAAAAUGUACGUUUCGCAUAAACGUUCCUCGCAUGAUCCUGAAAAACCAUUUUUGUGCGAUCUGUGCAAUAAAUCGUUCGCUUCGAAAACCUACUUGCGUCAGCAUCUGCUCAGGGAAGUGAUUUGUGUUCUGUGCGAUGAAAUAUUCACCUCGAAUGAUCUGCUCAAACAACACGUUAUUUCGAUUCACACGUUGGAUAAAUACAGAGAAAGGGUCGACGAUGAAAAUGAUACCAAUCCAGCGUUCGUGUAUCCUUGUGAAAUCUGUGGCCGCAAAUUCACCUCAGAAAAAAGUUACAAACAACAUCAGCUUACCGAAUUAACCUGCGAGCUUUGCGAAGGUCAGUUCAGCCAGAGUGAAGAACUCAAGAACCAUAUCGAAAACAAACACGAUCCCACAGAGUAUCGUAAAGUGAUGUCUUUGCGAUGGAAAAAACACAUCAAAUCAGGCGGUGUCAAAACUGCCGAAUACCCGUGCAAUCUUUGCGGCAAAAAGCUGUUCUAUCGACGAACUUUACUGCUUCAUAUGCGUAUGCAUUCUGGUCUGAAACCUUACAAAUGCGAGUAUUGCAAUAAAGCAUAUACCAGUAAGCAUUCCUUGAAUGCUCAUCUCAUCUCAGAAAUGAAUCUGCGCAAGUUCGCGUGUUCCUAUUGCGGCAAGAAGUAUAAUUUCAAUUCAGAUCUGAUAGUUCAUAUUAAGCAACGUCACGAGUCUAGGCAGUUCAGUUGUCAUGUUUGUGGCAAAAAGUUUGGCUUGUUGAAGUACUUGAAAGAUCAUUCGACCAUUCAUUCUCAAAUCAAACCUUUCAAUUGUGAUAAAUGCAAGUUAGGCUUCAGAUUAAGGAAGUUCUUGAUUAGACACAAUAAGAAAUAUCAUUCUGCUCAAGAUGAUCAAGUAUUUUACAUCGAAGUUGGCGCGGAUGAGUGAAAUUUGAGUCGGUAUCUGGUUCAUUGAUCGGAUCAGUUAAUUUUAUGGUACGCUUAUAUUCCAACCAUAAUGAUCAAUCCAUUCCUGAAAAAGUUUGAAAAUUUUUGUUUGGCUAUGUACUUUCCUUGGCAUCUAUGUAAUAAUGAUGUUGAUUAUUUAGGUGAGGGAGGAAGGGGGAGGGGUAUCAAUUUCAUGAAGUCAUUUUUAAGAAAAUAAUAUCGAUUUUAAAAAAUCAGUGUGAAAAGAUUGAUUCUGUAGAAUUAUUUUGCAAUUUUGUUGAUUUUUGUCAUGUAUUGAAAACAAAUUACAAAUUAAUUAAUUGAUUAUUGAUGGAUCAUUUAUUUUCUUGUUUAAUUCAAACUUCUCAAAUAGGAGAACAACUCGAAAGGAAUGGAAUACAGGUAGAGAUACUGAAAGACAUUUUUUCAAAUGACUUUUAACCUCACAAAAUCAAAAAAACAUUACAAACAUAAAAUAUGUGUAUUUUUUAAAAUUUAUUAUGUCAUUCAGCUCAUUGGAUAAUUUUCAUAUUUGGAUAUUAUGAACAAUGCCCUAGACGUAUUACCCACUCACCUGUUCCAUGUUAGGUCAUACACAAAAACAAAUGAAAAAUGAAUUCACUUACUUACCUUCAAAUGUCUCUUAAGAUUGGAUGCUGAUGAGACUGCUGUGCUAAUAUUUGCACCACAUUUCAAACAUUUACCCAAAAUUUUUCCCUUUUUGGUAUCUUUCUCGUUGUUUUCAUACUUUAUGCAUGAAAAAUAGGGUUUUAAAUAUGACCAACCCUUGGGUAAUUCAGGUGCUGGAGGUUUAUCAAUAGUACGCAAUUGGCUCCCAUUACUAGUGUUGGGAAUAAUCAAUUAUUUUGAUAAUUGAUGAUUUCGAUUACGAUUAUUUUCCCAAUCGAUUAAUCGACAAAAAUGGACAAGAAUAAUCGAUUAAUCGAUUAUUUUCUAUAAUUCGCUAAAUUCAUAGGAAAAUGAAAAAAUUCAACCUCUAGAAGUAAGUUUUCGGCUUCGGAGUAAUGGAUAACACAAGAACAAGCAAUCUGAGAGCAAAAAAAAACAUGCAAAUCAAUUUUUAUUAAAGUGAACGAGUCAAAUAU